AGGUCUAAUAUUGAGAUGAUUUCAGAUUUCAGAUUAUUCGCGUAAUACUUAAUAGACUAGGAAAACCCACCCAAACAUGCUUUCAUAGCCCUACAGAUCUAGGACGAUUGGAAGAAGAAAAAAAAAAACAUGACAACUGACGGAUACACCUUUAAUACAUACAGCCCUUCAUUCAGAUGCUGAGGCGAGCAGCAGACGGCCGCAGGGACGCUUCUGGAAGCUGAGCAGCUCGCCCAUAUUUCUUCCUUACAUUUUGACAUCUUCCUGCAAGCUACAUACGUUUUUUUUUCCAUUGCUAAUACUUUGAUUAGUGCGUUCCUGGCUUCAGUGAGAGCGGAUUGCGGCAGCCCGUCCUGGAUGAACGGAGCUCAGCAUCACAUCUAGUGUGAAAUGCGUCACCGCCAUCCGGCUCUCCCAGCUCCGCAGACCUGCUCCUCACCUCCGGCCUCUUCCACAUAGCCUUCUCACCAGGGAGCCAGAUGGGCCGGGCCGAGUCACCGCGCUGAGCCCGGACAACAGGACAGGGUACCGGGGGCAGAGCGACACACGAGCCGGGGACGAUGGAAGGAAUGAAAGCGAGUCCCCCUGAUGCCGCAGGGCUGCCCCGCUGCCACGACGUCUCCCGGGGCAACGGCACCUGCCUGGAGCAGGUCAGCCUCCCGCCGCUCUUCUCCUCCACGCUCGCUCUCCUCGUGCUGGUGGUCGUGCUCGUGGGGAUCAUAUUCGUUUCCUUGGUAACGUUCCAUUUCCAUAAGAGGAAGCUCCGGAAUAGGAAGAUCCAGCGCGCGCAGGAGGAGUACGAGCGCGACAGCGACAGCCCCGCGCGCGCCAGAGGGGGCGCGGAGCCCGCGAGGCCGUGCAUCAUCGUCCGCGCGGUCAGGUGCGAGGAGAAGGCCGCGCGCGCCACAGAGGAGAGCCAGGACGUCCCCGCGCCGCCGGACGGAGCCGCUCCUCGUGACCAUUAAUACAGCUCAACUUCAGGGAAUGAAACUCUGGAAUACUAAACAGGAAAAGCAAUAGAACAAAAAAAGAACAUCUCCAUCCAUCUCUGCUGCUUGUAGAUGACAGAAAUAGGAAAAUUAAUGUAGAAUAUUGAGCAGAGUAGCCCUGACUGCAGUGUCAGUAGUAGUUUAGCUAUCACAUUUAUUGAAGAAGUAGAUGUCCAAAUUAAUAUUAUGUAGAGGCUAGUGCAGCAGUGGCGCGUCGCUGCAGAUGGAGACAAAUGAAAGGGAAAAGGCAGCCCGAGGUGUUGAAGGUGGUGGGUCACCAGAACCGCUUCAGGGCUCCUGGGCAGGGACUUCCAAGUCUCUACUGGAGGCAGGGAACACCAUCCUUUCUUUAAAAAAAAAAAAAAAAAAGGUGCAGAAAUGUGAUUACAAAACAAGUGAAGAGAAAUACAGAGACAAAGAUAGAGCUUGUACAAAAUGAGACAAAAGCCAGUGAUGAUAUCAGAGCAGCAAAACCAAACUGAGGAAUUCAACACGUUUACAACACGCGUUCAAACUAGUGGAAGACUAGAGGCAAAAGGGGGAAAAAAGA